CGAGAUACCAGAUCGACAGAGUCCCAGCCUUAUAUGAUAUUGCCGGAGCCCGGAAGACUAUGCCACGAGAAUGGGGGUGGCAACGGAUGGCAGAUGUGGAACAAGCUCACUGUAGAAGACGAAAUUUGCAUCUGCCCGAGGGUUUUCGACAAUGCAAAGACGUCGCAGACUCUGAGCAGUUUAGACAAUACUGUUGACAGCCUGAAAGGGCGACAUGUCGAUUACAUCAAGAAAUUCACCGCAGCAGGCAGUUUACUACACGAGCUAUCCCAUUGCCGUGGCAUCCUUGGGGACGACCAGACCAAGGACCUAAGGCUUCGACCUUUCCCACUAGGUCCGUUCAUCGAUGGGUAUCAAUGAAACGGCGUCUGGGCCGUGUCAAAAAUUGAUCCAGCUGGGGCUCAUCGCAACGCAGACAGUAUCACGUAUUUCGCCCUAGCCAUGUAUUACUCCGC